AUGGCUUCUGAAGCGCUCAAGAAGGCCAUGGAGGAGCUCGCAGCGUCCGGAGACGCACCCGAACUUGCAGAACUGCCGCCAUCGAAGUUGGGAACAAGGGAUCACUGGGACGAGGUCUACGAGAGGGAGGUCAAGAUGUUCAAGGAGAUUGGGGACGAGGGAGAGGUCUGGUUUGGCGAGGACUCGGCGCAGGACAUGGUCGAGUGGGCGGAGGAGCACUUCCCUCAGCUCGACGGACGGAUAUUGGACGUCGGCACCGGCAACGGCCAGCUCCUCUUCGCCUUCUCCUCCGCCGGCUACACCUCCCUGACCGGCAUCGACUACUCCCCUCUCUCCAUCGAGCUCGCCAACAACAUCCUCACCGCACGAACAUCCUCCGAGGACAGCGACCUCGCCUCGCCUCCACCUCGCUUCUUCACAGCCGACAUCCUGAAUGUCGCAGAGGGCAAGGAGGUCAAGGGCGUGACGGGCGAGCGGUGGGACCUAGUCACGGACAAGGGAACGUACGAUGCGGUGUGCCUGAGUGACGAGGCGCGGAAUGGGAAGAGCUUGAGGGAGCUGUAUGUCGAGUCGGUGGCGAAGCUCUUGCCGAAGGGCGGCAAUUGGACGCAAGCCGAGUUGGAAAAAGCGUUUGUGAGCGAGUCGACCGGCCUCGUCGUUCACUCGAACAUCCCCCGCGCAAGCUUCGAAUUCGGCGGCAGUACCGGAUCUUCCAUCACGACUGUCGCGUUUGAGAAGCGGUGA